AUGGACCAACCUUCGUCUUCCGCAAUGGCCAAUAUCUACAGCUAUCGUUCUGAACUGGACAAUCGCCAGGGCAGCUCGGAAUACCGCCAUUUCGAACCCUUCCUAUCCUCAUCCCACGAGCUCAUAGACCCUAUCCAGUAUGAGCUCAUGCCAGAGCUGGUCUCUGAUGUCAGGGUGCUCCAGCCGGACUUCUCUGCUGAGCUGCAGGACACACAGCUCUCGAUGGAGUCGCCGGUCUCGUCGUCGUCGUCGUCGGUGUUUGACGUUCCACACUUCCCCAAUUUCACCUUCACCGAAAUGGACGACUACAAGUUUGGCGGGUACCAGGAGCCCGCCAAACCACAGGACAUUGAGCACGUGUUCCACACGCACAGGGAAUACGACAACGUCGAGACUAUAAAUACGGUGGAGCUGACCAAGCCCUUCGCCACACAGAAAUACGCCAGCAGCUCGCCUGUCCUCAAAUCGCAGAAGGACGAGGACCUGGUCGACACCAUCGAGACCCGCGAGGCUGGCGAGCCCCAGGACCAGUCGCCAAAAAGCCUUUCGCUGGACUACGACGACCGCAAGAAGGAUAAUAAAUACAAGAAAAUCAGCGACUCGAGGCUGUCGCUGUCGCAGCUGUCGCACGUUCUGCAGCUCCCAAACGACAUCCAGGAGACUGCGAAGCGGGAGAAGCAGAUCCUCAACAUUUUCAAAAAGGACCUUAAUUUCCCGCUGGGAGAAAAAACAUGGAUUAGAGACACCCCUGCAGAAGAGAGACAGGCUCUGAUCGAGAGGCUGUGGAAGCUGGUGGAGAUGAAGUACCAGUACGGCUACUCGAAGGAGACGCUGGCCAUCGUGAUUCGAAGAGCAAGCUACUAUCUGAUGCAGGGGAGACUGAGAAGAGAACGGAGGCUGGAGAAAAAGAAGCACGGCGAGCUGCCUUGGAAACGCAAGUCCAAGAGCUACUGA